UGUGCACCAGAAGUGGGCAUGCAGGGGAGGAGGGGUGACCGUGUUCAGUCUGUCCCCCUCCCACUAGGAGUCAGAGUCUGUGGCAGGGAGAGGGGGGUAGCAUCUCUGGGCCUUUGGGUAGAUUUACCUACAUACACUGAUGCCUGAAAUGCCACCACAAUGGCUUCUUCCCUGUGCCUGUCCACCGAUCCCCGGCACUGGAACGUGAGAAAUCUCGGGACCGUGUCCCACUGGGUUAUCCAAAGCCAGAGAAGGGGCUCAGGGAGGGAAGGCUGAGGAGGGCCAGAAUCAGGGCUCAUGGCUUUUAGGGCUCCAAGGGGACUUUACUUGGCUGCUCCCUUCCUCUGAAGUUCCAGGAGAAGCCCACCACUGCCCAUCAUGAGGACAGAAGAAGGAAACACGCGUUCCAGGGAAAUCAGGUUGCAGGAAAGUGGGAUUGAAACACAUUUGGCCCUAAGGUUUCUGGUCCUUGAAAACACCUUUCAGCCCACGAGAGAGCGUCUUCUGUGUAUCCUCUGAGCCCCAGCUUCCCUCCAGGGCCUCAAGUCCCUCCAGGGUUGUAGGGGGUGGGCUCUGAAAACACAAAAGGAACUGGGUUCGAGCGCUGGGGACCAAGGCCAGGGUCACGUGGCCUGGGUGCUACCCUGCCUUUGGUCUCAGUGCCUCCACCCUCAGCAAGGUGCCUCUGAGGACGUUUGUGUCUCUUCCCCCUCCUGCCUAGAGAAGAAUGGGGGCUUUGGAGACCUCAAUCACACCCCGAGGAGGAGGACAGCUCAUCUGAUAAUAAAAAUAAUGUUAAUAGCUCUGUGCAUCCUUCCGAUACUAAUGUGAUACUACUACUGAAUUGUAUGUACUUCGUACAUCUCAUUCAAUCUUCCUAAAGAUCCUGUGAAGUAGGUGUUGUUGUCCCAAGUUCAUGGGAAAGAAAAGAUGCUGAGGUGAGCGAGUCCACUUCCAGGACACCCUAAUGGACAGCUUGGAGGGUGGCCCUCUUCCGGUGGAGGAUCCAGGAGGCAGGGGGAUGGAACCACGCAGCGGGAGGGAAAUCUGGCCCCUCCAGAAAGAGUUGAGGAGGCUCCCUCCCUUCCCCCGUCAUGCCACCCUCCUGGCCCUGCCGCUUCCACGUCGCUGGAGAUAGCCAGGUGUGGCCCGGGAUCCCAGGGGGUGCAGGGGGGAGGGUGGCGUCUGAGCUCCUAGGGCGCUGGCCCGGCCCAGAGGGGACAGGAAGCCGGGACACCGGGGAUUGUCUCUAGCAGCCGCAGCCCAGCCUCAGCCCGGGAGGAAGUUCUGCCGGGCGCUCUCGGCUGGUGCCUCCCUCGCUGUAUUGUUGAACAGGAAACCGGGCUGCGCGGGAGCUGGGCGGUGGAGGAGGGAGCGCCGACCGCCGAAAGCACGCGUACCUGCCGGGACAAGUGGAGGCGAAGCCGGUGAUCGGACGCCCCAAGCUCCUGAUCCCGGAGGUCUCUCCUGCUUAGCCCUUGGAAGCCCCGCCCUUGGAAAGAGAUGGCAGGGGCCUGAUCUGCAUCCAUCCGCGGACUCCGCCGGUCCUGCCCAUGGGCCCGCAGAGACCUGCCCUGCCAACGGAAACGCCAGGGCCGCGAUGGCGGCGGACGUCGAGGGGGACGUGUACGUGCUGGUGGAGCAUCCCUUCGAGUACACGGGCAAGGACGGGCGCCGCGUGGCCAUCCAGCCCAACGAGCGCUACAGGCUGCUGCGCCGAAGCACGGAGCACUGGUGGCAUGUGCGGCGCGAGCCCGGCGGCCGCCCCUUCUACCUGCCCGCGCAGUACGUGCGCGAGCUGCCGGCGCUCGGGGACCCAGCCACCACCUCCACGCCACCCGCGCUCCGCCCGGGGCCCGUGGUCCCGGAACCGCUCGCCUACGACUACCGCUUCGUGAGCGCGCCGGUGUCCGCGGGCCCCGACGGCACGCCCGCCGAGCCCCGGGGCCGCGUGGGCUCCCUGUGCGGCCCCGCGCGGCGCGGCGCCGCCACCCAGCGCAGCAGCCUGGCGCCGGGCCUGCCCACCUGCUUGUACACGCGUCCCGCGGCGCCGGUGCGGCCCGCCCAGUCCCUGGACGACCUGGCGCGCGCCGCCGUCGCGCCCCCUGCCGGCCUCCUCGGGAGCGCGGGCAGCUUCAAGGCCUGCAGCGUGGCGGGCUCCUGGGUGUGCCCGCGACCCCUGGCGCGCAGCGACUCCGAGAACGUCUACGAGGUCGUCCAGGACGUGCGCGGCCCGCCACGGGAGGAGCGCCCGCAGCAGGUGGACGACCCCUCGGAGCCCGUGUACGCGAACGUAGAGCGGCAGCCUCCGGCCACUUCGCCCGGCGCCACCGCGGCCCCCCGCCCCCAGGCGUGGGAGACGCACACGGACGCGGGCACCGGGCGCCCCUACUACUACAACCCGGACACGGGCGUGACCACCUGGGAGUCGCCCUUCGAGGCCGCUGAGGGCGCCUCCAGCCCGGCCACCUCCCCGACCUCGGUGGGCAGCCGCGAGAGCCUCGAGACAGACUGGGGCCAGUACUGGGAUGAGGAGAGCCGCAGGGUGUUCUUCUACAACCCGCUGACGGGCGAGGCCGUCUGGGAGGACGAGCCCGACGACGAGCCAGAGGACGACCUGGAGAUGCAGCCGGGACUGAGCCCGCUCAGCCCCAGGGACCAGAGGCCCCCUACCCCUGAGACGGACUACCCCGAGUCGCUGACCAGUUACCCCGAGGAGGACUAUUCCCCCCUGGGCUCUUUCAGUGAGCCACGGUCCGCCUCUCCCUUGGCCACGCCCCCCGGCUGGUCUUGCCACGUGAGCCCCGAGGGGCAGACGGUCUACACCAACCACUUCACCCAGGAGCAGUGGAUGAGGCUGGAGGACGAACGCGGGAAGCCCUACUUCUACAACCCAGAUGAUGACUCGGUUCAGUGGGAGCUGCCCCAGGUUCCUGUCCCUGCCCCUCGAAGCAUCUGCAAAUCCAGCCAGAACAGUGAGACCCCAGCCCAGGCCAACCCCCCUGAGGAGAAGAUCAAGACCCUGGACAAGGCCGGUGUGCUGCAUCGCACCAAGACGGUGGACAAAGGAAAGCGGCUCCGGAAGAAGCACUGGAGCGCCUCCUGGACGGUGCUGGAGGGUGGCAUCCUGACUUUCUUCAAGGACUCCAAGGCCUCAGCUGCAGGUGGCCUGAGGCAGCCUCCCAAGCUCUCCACGCCUGAGUACACAGUGGAUCUGAGGGGGGCCUCUCUCUCCUGGGCCCCCAAAGACAAAUCUAGCAGGAAGAAUGUGCUGGAGCUACGGAGCCGAGAUGGCUCAGAGUACCUGAUCCAGCACGACUCAGAGGCCAUUAUCAGCACCUGGCACAAGGCCAUCGGCGAGGGCAUCCAGGAGCUGUCCGCAGACCUGCCCCCGGAGGAGGAAAGCGAGAGCAGCAACGCGGACUUCGGGUCCAGGGAGCGCCUGGGAAGCUGGCUGGAGGGUGAGGCGCGGUCCACUGCAGGCGCAGCCACCGCGGAGAGCGACCUGAGCAAGGUCCGGCACAAGCUCCGCAAGUUCCUGCUGAGGCGGCCCACGCUGCAGUCGCUGCGGGAGAAGGGCUACAUCAAAGACCAGGUGUUCGGCUGCGCGCUGGCCGCGCUGUGUGAACGCGAGAGGAGCUCGGUGCCGCGCUUUGUACAGCAGUGCAUCCGCACCGUCGAGGCCCGGGGUACGCGCGGCGCCCGGAGGCCUCCCUCCGGGGCCGCUUGGCGGAGAGCCCUGGGCGGGCGCAGGGCGGCGGAGGGAGAACGGGAGCCCCUGGGUAGGAGCCAUAGCGGGAGCUUUAGACCCAUCCCACCAAACCCGAGGUCAGCGCCUCCGUCUGCCCCAGGGCUGGACAUCGACGGCCUGUACCGCAUCAGUGGAAACCUGGCCACCAUCCAGAAGCUGCGCUAUAAGGUGGACCACGAUGAGCGCCUGGACCUGGAGGACGGGCGCUGGGAGGACGUCCACGUGAUCACCGGCGCCCUGAAGCUCUUCUUUCGAGAGCUGCCGGAGCCCCUCUUCCCCUUCUCGCACUUCCGCCAGUUCAUCGAGGCCAUCAAGCUGCCGGACCAGGCCCAGCGCGGCCGCCGUGUGCGGGACCUGGUGCGCUCGCUGCCCGCCCCCAACCACGACACGCUGCGGCUGCUCUUCCAGCACCUGUGCCGGGUGAUCGAGCACGGCGAUCAGAACCGCAUGUCCGUGCAGAGCGUGGCCAUAGUGUUCGGGCCCACGCUGCUGCGGCCCGAGACUGAGGAAACCAGCAUGCCCAUGACCAUGGUGUUCCAGAGUCAGGUGGUGGAGCUCAUCCUGCAGCGGUGUUCAGACAUCUUCCGGCCGCACUGACAGCCGACCACCCUCACCCCCGACGCUGGCGCUGCGGACCUGGGACUGGGGACCGCGACAGUGGUCCCACCAUAGAAGCUGGACGGUUGGAGGCCGCUUGGCCAAACUCUUAUCUGUGACACCCGCCGCCUCCCAUCGGUCCGCAGGCGGAUGUGAAAUCUGCGCCGCUGGGUGCAGUAUGGUGACCCCUGGUGGGCAGUUUGCAAAAUGUGAUUCCCCCCCGCACCCCACCCCCCUCACCCACCGCCCUGGCCUGUCUUGUUUGGGGCUUCAUUGGGUUUGGUUCUUUAUUACAUAGACACCUACUGUGUGUGUGUGUGUGUGUGUGUGUGUGUGUGUGUGUGAGAGAGAGAGAGAGAGAGAGAGAGACAGAGAAUUGUGGGGGUGAGUUUGAUUUCCCAGAUGGGCCAUGCCCCAGGGGAGGACUUGGGGUGAGGGGCUUCUCAGCUUUUUCAGACCUGCACCUGGUCAGGGCUUCAAGGACGCCCUCCCUGUGGGGCCCCAGCCCUGUGUGGGUCAUGAAGCAGCAACAUACACCUUCCUUCCUUCCUUCCCUGCUGCCUUGCCUCAGGCGCAGCUCCUGCCUGACUCUCAGUGGCUGACUGUGGGCCAUUUUCAUCUGCUUCCCUGAUCCAGGCCUCUGCCCUCCCUGAUCCACUCGUGUUCUGAGCAAGGGUUCUCCAUAUUCGCUAAGCGCAUACCCUGAGCUGGCCACCUGCCAUGCACCGUUUCCACACACAGUCCCGUUGUACAAAUGAAGAAACCGAGGCAGAGGCAAAGUGACUUGUUCAGGGUCCCGUGGGGGUGAUGGGUUGGACUGCCCAGCUCAGGCUCCUCUCGUAGCACAGCACAGCCUCCCAGGAGGCCCUUUCCUCCAAGCUAUCCCUCUCCUCCAAACCCCAUCGUGGGCUUACGGGGAAAGCAAAAGAAAUGAAGGUAGGUUCUGUCUGGGCCUUGGGAGACCCUCAGGGCAGAGGGGAAACCCACCCCAGCUGGGGGAGGGGGAAUUAGCACUGGCAAGGGGUCCCCAGCCCCUCUCAGCACCCUGGCCGCCCCGGCACGCCUGCCUGGCGCCCACCUGGUCCUAAAGAGCUGGGAGAGGCCUGCAGGGUUGGGGGAAGGGGGGUACAGCCUCUGGAAAGGGAGCGUGAGCCCCAGGGGCAGCAAUGCCCUCUCCCUCCUCAUACACAAACCACCUCAGUUUGUGGGUCUCGCCCCACCCUCCACCCCCCUCCCCAGCUAGGGUUCAUUUCUUCGACAAACAAUAGGAACUGAUAUUUAUUGACAUUUGCGCCACGCCAAGCAUUUCACCCGGAUCGUCUCAGUUUCUCACAGCCAAUAUUUAUUGUCUGCUUCUCCGCGCCGGGCACUGUGCGCUGGGGUGGGGGGUGCCACCCACGCCACCGCUCUGGUGGAGCACCUGGCCCGGUGGCCGACCCGAGCCCACCUCACAUGCCAGCAGGGCCGGGACAAGAGUACAAACGGAGGCCUCACCCCAUGCAUCGAAAUAUUGUAAAGUUACAAAUCAAGAUAUAACUGUUAAAUAAAAAUAUGUUCUAUUCUCCUA